UAAGUAAAAAAAUAAAAGAGGUAAGACAAAACAUACAAAUCUUUAUUUUCCUAUAUACAAGUGAAAGCCAACCAUCUAUUUUUUUUUUUCAAAAAUGGACUCCCAAACAAAUGAAGCUAAUCAUCCUCUUUUAGAACCUGUUCAAGACUGCUCAAUUUCUGAUCAAUCUGCUGCCAGCCAUGGCGGUAGUGUGGAGCUGGAGAGGGUGCUUUCCGACACCGACACACCCUUGAUCAGGCGGCUUGCAUUGGCUUCCUGGAUCGAGCUCAAUCUAUUGUAUAAGCUGGCUGCACCCGCGGUGAUGGUUUACUUGAUCAACAAUGUCAUGUCACUCUCCACCAGAAUCUUUUCCGGCCAACUUGGAAACCUCGAACUUGCAGCCGCCUCCCUCGGCAACCAAGGGAUCCAACUCUUUGCUUAUGGCCUCAUGCUUGGAAUGGGUAGCGCGGUGGAGACGCUAUGCGGUCAAGCAUUUGGGGCACAAAAACAUGACAUGUUAGGAGUAUACCUUCAAAGAUCCGCAAUUGUUCUCUUAGUAACAGCCAUCCCAAUCACUAUAAUUUACGUAUAUUCUAAACCAAUUUUAAUUUCACUCGGUCAAUCGCCACCAAUGGCAUCAGCUGUAGCACUAUAUGUCUACGGUCUCAUUCCUCAAGUAUUCGCUUAUGCCAUCAACUUUCCUAUACAAAAGUUCCUUCAAGCUCAAAGUAUCGUGGCUCCAAGUGCUUAUAUAUCUGCUGGAACCCUAGUUGUGCACUUGGUACUCUCUUGGAUCAUGGUCUACAAGUUAGGGCUGGGCUUGCUAGGGGCUUCUUUGACCCUAAGUUUGUCAUGGUGGAUUAUAGUGGUUGGUCAGUUUGUUUACAUCUUGAUGAGCCAUAGAUGCAAGGAUACAUGGACCGGGCUCAGCCGGAAGGCGUUCGGUGGGCUCUGGGAGUUUGUAAAAUUGUCGAGUGGGUCGGCAGUGAUGUUAUGUUUGGAGACAUGGUAUUUUCAGAUCUUGGUGUUGAUUGCAGGGUUGCUUGAGAACCCUGAGCUAGCAUUGGAUGCACUUUCGGUUUGCUUGGGUGUCAAUAGUUUGUUGUUCAUGGUCUCAGUUGGAUUCAAUGCAGCUGCUAGUGUUAGGGUUGGAAACGAGCUUGGAGCAGGAAACCCUAGAGCCGCAGCCUUUUCGGUGUUAACAGUUACUACAGUCUCAUUUCUCAUUGCCUUAGUCGAAGCGAUGAUUGUUUUGUCAUUGCGACAUGUUAUUAGCUAUGCGUUCACUGGUGGUGAAACCGUUGCACAUGCAGUCUCUGAUCUUUGCCCACUAUUGGCCAUCACCAUCAUUCUUAAUGGCAUACAACCCGUUUUAUCAGGUGUGGCUGUCGGGUGUGGAUGGCAAGCUUAUGUGGCAUACGUGAACAUUGGGUGCUAUUACAUUGUAGGCAUCCCCCUUGGGCUCCUUCUCGGCUUCCAUUUCAACUUCGGAGUUAAGGGAAUAUGGUCGGGAAUGAUCGGAGGAACUGGGAUGCAAACCUUCAUUUUACUAUGGUCAACAUUUCGUACAGACUGGAAUAAAGAGGUGGAAAAAACUAACAAACGUUUGGAUAAAUGGGAAGCAAAGGAAGAAACCCUUUUGAAGGAAUGAAAAGAAGUCAAAGUCUGUAUCCCGAUUAGUCAAUGGACCGGAACAUUUGGAUUAGGAUACAAUCACUCAUGCGCAUCAAUGACUGAUUCAUAUUUAAUUUGUAUUUUGUGUGAUAAUGUUUCUAAUAAUCAUGAGAAAUGACCGAAUAUGCCACUUGAGUUGGUAAAAGAUAAUGAAAAAAAGCACAUAUGACUACAGAAUAGUUGGGGAUAAAUGGUAUACCGUUAAGUUUUCAAAACUA